GCUCCUGAAGGCAUCUUUUGUCUCGUGUUGUUGUCUGAUGCAGCUAGCUAGCCAGCUUGAAUCUGCAAGCAAGUGUUAGCUGGCAAACGCCACAUUUUUGUGAAAAUUGUAAUAAAGCACUUAUAACCAAAGCGACUAAAGAAUGAGAAGAGUUACCCUCUUUGUUAACGGGACAUCUAAAAAUGGCAAGGUUGUAGCAGUAUACGGGACCUUGUCUGACUUACUAUCCGUAGCAAGCAAUAAAUUAGGAAUCAAAGCUGCUUCUUUAUACAAUGGAAAGGGUGGUCUCAUAGAUGACAUCGCCCUUAUAAGAGAUGACGACGUGUUGUAUGUGUCAGAAGGAGAACCAUUCAUUGACCCUCAAAAUGAAGCCAAGGUUGCAUCCAGUCAGCAUGGAGCACACACUGAUUGGCUGACCCUUAAUAUAGGUGGUCGUCCCUUCACCACCACCAGGAGCACCCUGGUCAGCAAGGAGCCAGAGAGUAUGCUUGCUCACAUGUUUCGAGAGAAAGAUGUGUGGGGGAACAAGCAGGACAGGCACGGGGCUUACCUAAUCGACCGCAGCCCGGAAUACUUUGAGCCUAUUCUCAACUACCUGAGACACGGUCAGCUCAUUAUCAAUGAAGGCAUAAAUAUACGAGGUGUCCUCGAGGAGGCUCGCUUUUUUGGAAUUGAGCAGCUCGCUGAACAGCUGGAAGCAGCAAUCAAGAACACACAGCCACCGGAGGACCACUCUCCCAUUUCCCGCAAAGAGUUUGUUCGUUUCCUCCUGGCAACGCCCACCAAGUCAGAGCUCCGCUGUCAGGGUCUUAAUUUUAGUGGCGCCGAUCUGUCCCGACUUGAUUUGCGCUACAUCAAUUUCAAAAUGGCUAACCUCAGCCGCUGCAAUCUGACCCACGCCAACCUGUGCUGUUCCAAUCUGGAGCGGGCUGACCUUUCUGGAGCCAACCUGGAUGGUGCCAACUUACAAGGAGUGAAGAUGCUCUGUUCCAAUGCAGAGGGAGCUUCUCUCAGAGGAUGCAAUUUUGAAGAUCCAUCUGGACUGAAGGCCAACCUGGAAGGUGCUAACUUGAAAGGAGUUGACAUGGAAGGAAGCCAAAUGACCGGCAUCAACCUGCGUGUGGCCACUCUGAAAAAUGCUAAGCUGAAGAACUGUAACCUGCGGGGAGCCACUUUAGCAGGGACGGAUCUCGAGAACUGUGACCUGUCCGGCUGCGAUCUACAAGAAGCCAACCUGAGAGGCUCCAAUGUCAAGGGAGCCAUUUUUGAAGAGAUGCUGACCCCUCUGCACAUGUCACAGAGUGUCAGAUAACUGGACACACACAUCAGUCUCCAGUGUGGGGCCACAGCUGGCUUCUUUAUGGCUCUUUCCCCUCCAGUAUAUCGCCCUACUUUCAAUCUCUCUCUGCCUGUCUAGCAGUACAGGCAGUUGUAUGCACAUCCCUGGCAUUCCAUCUAUAUUGUGUUAGCUUUAAAUAUCUUGCACUAGAAUUUAUUCAGGGUUGUCUAUGUAUGUUUGGACCGUAGGGUGUUUUUAAAUGUUCAGCUGCAUAUAUCACCAAAACAAGAAUAAUGUUCCUGGUGUAUGUAGAUGUGUCUGGAUGCAAUCCAUUGACUAUACUCGUAUAACGUUCUACAUAAUUUAUAUUCACUUUGUUUUACUUGACAUGUUAAUGGGAGUCAAAAUCUAAUUAUUACCUGUGUGCAGUCAAGUUCAGAGCACUGAGCUGCACUGGAUGCUGCUGUAGCAGAAGUAGGUGUCCCUUACCAAUAACUGUGUCGUUUAUAUAUUCCUCUUGAAGUAUGUAACUUCAUUUUGCUGGAUUCAACAUAUUAUAAAGGAAGCAAUGCAAGCCAAAGCCAUAAUGAUAGCACAGUCUAAAAGGCUGAAAGUGCUGUUCGUGCACAGUCAAACUAUGCGACAGGCUAGUUUUAAACACAGCUUGGGUAUGCAAUACGUCAUUUACAGCUGUGAGGUUUCUCCUUUCUUACUUUUAAAUAUUGUGUUCUUCUUUUUUUUUUUUUUUUCGCGCUCCGUGAAUCUACCUCUUUUUUUAAAUCCGGUGUGCGAGUGAUCCACAAUUGCAUGAAUUUGACUGUGGCACUGCUUAUUGCAAUGUUUAUGUAUGACAUUCAUUAUUCUUCAGUUUCCCAUUCGGAGCAAACCCGGUGUGCUUUAACAGAAAGCCAUUUUCACGUGUUAAUGUUGUCAAAGUGGGUUCGCCUGGAAACAUGCUCCAUGUAUCGAUGUAUAUCACUUAAUCAUGCUUUGAAACUUAUUUGCACAAGUAUAUGUUAACUUGUACCAUGUUAUACUUUUUCACCAAAAAAAAAUGUUUUUGGUGCUUGUAAUCUAAUGUAAAUCAAAUCCAAUGUUUCCAAUACUUCCAAAAAAACAUUAUUAUUAUAUAUAUAUAGCAUUAUUAUUAGAGCUGGAGCUGGAGAUAAUCAGAUAUCACGAUAUUUUUGACCAAAUACGUCGAUAUCGAUGUUGUAUGGUAGACUAUUGGUGCUUUCACAAAAUAUUUACACAAUGAGAUUUGUGAUAAAUAAUCAUCAGUAAUGUGGAUAUAAUGA